AUUUAUUGCGUAAAUUAUCAUUUCUUUCUAUAUCCAUCCCUUCGUCCUUUCAUGUCUACUAGUACUCCAUUGCAUCUCUAGAGUCAGAAAAUACAUGAAAUGCUGGGCAACAGGUCUAUAUCGGCACUGUUGAAAUCUCAUCUUGAUAGAUGUUGGUGAUGGACCGAGACAUCGCCUUGGAGAAGGCAUUGAUACGCAUAGCCACCGCGGCCCAGCGAGAACAAUCGAAUUGGAAUGUGAAUCCCUUCUAUAACGCCGAGCACGCCCAGCUUCCUUGGAUAGAAUCCAUCGUAGCUGUUUCCGAGGCUGGCCAUAUCCAAUGUUUGGUUAUGCUUGGCUCCCUUCUAUGGACCUCCUUUCGACUUCUAAACCGCGCCUACGCGAGGAGGCCACUUCCGCGUCAUGUGGCCUCAGCUAUUCGGUGGCCUUGGGAAGCCUGCGCUCUCGCCAGUCGCACCGCUUCCCUAUCGUUCCUUGCUCUAGCUGCCGCCAAGGGUGAAACGACCUGGCUCAAUGCAGCCUGCGUCACCUACGCCUUAGCCAUCGGAUUAUUUAGACUCGUCGAUGACUUGGAGUGGAGACAUAUAGCCCUUCAGCAGGUCAACUUUGUCCUCAUUGCUACCUUGCUCCUCUUAGCCGCUCCGACUGUGCUGCCCUGCACGAAUGCUCGUCAGGCAUGUUUCGUCGAAGGCCCCUUGAUGGGUGCCCUGAUGAGCCUUGUCCUCUCGGUCUUGGUCGCCCUCUUCACGCCUCGAGAAUGGGUGCCACCCUCUCUCAGGUACGAUUUGCCCAAGGGUGCAGUCGACAAGGAUCCGGCACCAGAGGAGACUUGCAGCUGGGCCCAGUACUUUCUGACCUACGACUGGCUGACGCCGUUGAUCUGGAAGGGCACCCGAGGUGCGGUUACAUUGGAUGACCUACCUAGAAUUGCCUGGUACGACGAUCCGCUGCUUCUCCUGUCCAAGGUGAAGGAUGCGCGAGCCAAGGGAAAGUCGACCUUUUGGACGCUGUUGCGGCUAUUGCACGAAGAAGUGACCAUGAUGGCCUGCUUUAUAGCCUCUGCCUACAUCCUUGAGCUUAUCGCCCCCUUUGCCCUCUAUCGACUUCUCUCCUAUCUGGCGGAUCCGCAGGGCUCCGUCAUUCGCCCGUGGGUUUGGCUCUUGCUCAUGUUCUCUGGACCGAUUUCGCGGUCCGUUGUCUUCCAGCAGUAUAUCUUCACUUCAACCAGGUUGAUAGUUCGCGUUAAGUCUGCCAUGACCCAGGAGCUUUACCACAGAGCCAUGUCCUCCAGGGAAGUUGAAGACGACAUCUUUUCCGUCUCAGCGACCACGUCUCCGUCUCCGUCGCCGUCUGCCUCCACCUCUACCAGGAAAUCUAGAGGGAGCCGAAAGGCGGCUCAGACAUCCACCUCGGCCGGUCGACUAGCCAACCUGAUGGCCGCCGACGUCGACGCUCUCUGGGGUUCUCGCGACAUCGUCAUGAUCUGCAUCGGUCUGCCCAUAGGUACCGCAGCAGCCAUAGUUGGGCUGUUCAAGAUCCUCGGGUGGCCCUCGAUCGUCGGCGCUUUUGUUCUCCUGCUUGCCUCUCCCAUUUCCAUCUUCAUAGCCCAACUCAUGGCCAAGGUUACCCGCACGGUGCGCCGAGCCCAGGACUCUCGGAUAUCCCUCGUUUCCGAGUAUCUGUCCUCCAUUCGGGCCAUCAAGUACUUUGCCUGGGAGGAUGCUGCCAUUGGGAAGAUUCAGGACGCCCGCGCUAUCGAGCAACGGCAUCUCUGGCGCGUCUCUGCGCUCUACGUCAGCCUCAGCCAAGUCACUCAGCUCAUCCCCUACAUUGCCCUGCUGCUCAUGUUCUCGCUUCAUGUCGUCGUGAGGAAGCAAAAGCUGGAUGCUGCCACAGCUUUCACCACGGCCCAGCUGGUGAAAAACAUACGCAAGAAUAUCACGCAGGCUGGAAGUCUCUCCAGGAAUGUUACCGCAGCCAUGGUAGCUCUCGACCGCCUUGACAGGUACUUCGAGAGUACGGUGGUCAUGGAAAAAUACGCCGAGGGCCCGCUUCGGAUCCAGGACGGCUUGUUUAGGCGCAAUGCGCUCGCCACGUUCAGAUUACAGAAUGUGUCUGUCACCUUCGUUGAAGGCGGUCUCAAUGUCGUAGCCGGUCACAGUGGUAGCGGUAAGACGACCUUACUCCUUGCCAUCCUGGGAGAAGCCGAGAGACUCGGGGGUAUGGUCACCAGACCUCGAGAUGUGGCUUUUGCGCCACAAACGACGUGGUUACAGAACGAGACGAUCCGAGAGAAUAUCCUCUUCCAGGCCCCGUUCGAGAAGGCCCGUUAUGAUCGGGUCCUGGAAGCCUGUUGCUUGCUGUUAGACUUAAACCAGAUGGACCAUUGGGACCAGACCGUCGUCGGUGAGAACGGCGCAUCCCUCUCGGGCGGCCAGAAGGCGAGGAUAGCCUUGGCCAGGGCUCUAUACUCCAAGGCGCCGUUGAUCUUGCUGGACGACAUCUUCUCUGCCUUGGAUUCGAAGACGUCGGCUUUACUCUGGGAGCGAUGCUUCUGCACGGACAUGCUGAAAGGUAGGACAACGGUAUUGGUAGCACAGCAGCCUUGGGUAGCGCUCCAGUCGGAUCUCUGUAUCAUUCUCGAGAACGGCACCGUCUCGAGUGUUGAACAGAAUAUCGGGGUCGUGCGCCACGCCGUGGCUUCCGCCUUUCCGGAAGAGGAAGGGGGCGACGAGAUGGCAGGACUUGAGAUGAGGGCAGAAGGGCCCGAGUCGGAACUCGAAAGCCGAAGCGACUCUUCACUCCACGACACGUCCAAGACGGCGGGCCACCAAGGCGAGAAAGAUCUGGUGGCACAGGAGAUGAAGGCGAGCGGGAAGAACACUCGCCUCACGUUCUUCAAGUACAUGACCUAUUUUGGGGGCCCGCUCUAUGCCAUCGCUUGUAUCCUGCUCCAACUGUGCUCGAACCUCGCUUGGAUGGCUAGUUCGCUAUGGCUGUCCGUGUGGGUUGAAGCCUAUUCGAAAGAGGAGGCAGUCAACAUCGCAUUCUAUCUCGGGGUGUAUGCCGCCUUUGCCGCUGCCGAGAGAGUGAGUUCGGCCGCCAUCAUUCUAGCCUACGAGAACGGCGCCUGGCGUGCGGCCCGAAAACUGCACAACGACUUCAUCAGGGCCGUGAUGGGGGUCUCCUUGUCCUGGUUUAAGAAUGUCCCCGUCGGGAGAGUCAUCAACCGGUUUUCUCGGGAUAUGUACUCCCUCGACUCGAUGGUUAGCACUCAGCUCCGGAACUUCCUCGACUACGGCAUGAACCUGCUCUUCCGCAUCGGUGCCAUCAGCUCUAUUUUACCCAUUUUCGUUGUACCGGCGGCUGUGACCUGUUUCGUCGGCGUCAUCGUGGGCGAGAUGUAUACCAGGACCGCGGUGACGGUGAAGAAACUGGUGUCCUCUGCCCAGUCGCCAGUAUUCACACAAUUCUCGGAUACAUUGGCUGGCCUGGCGGUUAUACGGGCUCGGGAGGGGAUGACCGAAGCGUUUGGCGAGGCGCUAGCCGAGAGACUACGGGUGUGGUCUCGUGCGGCGGAGGCGAAUUAUAACUGCAAUCGCUGGGUAGCCAUGCGAGUGGAUUUCAUAACGGCUCUCGUGGGGCUUUGCGCCGGGGUCAUCGCCGUUUCCAAGGCGGGCGUCGUGGCUGCAGGACUCGUAGGUUUCUCUCUAACCAAUGCGACGGGACUGAGCCAGACGAUCUUGCUGCUGGUCCGCAGUAUGAACGACCUCGAGGUCGAGCUCCAGAGUUUCAUUAGGGUUCGUGAGUAUGCAGGUCUCGAGCCGGAGGAUAAGUCGGACAAGUCUUACGCCGAAGAGGGUGAAUAUGCCGACGAGGAGUCGCAUGUCAUACCUCAAGACUGGCCGGCAACCGGUCGCGUCGAGUUGCGGAAUGUCACCAUUCGUUAUGAACCGGAUGGACCUGAUAUCCUCGCGGAUGUCAACCUUACCUUCGAAGCGGGAGAGCGGGUGGCCAUUGUAGGGAGGACGGGAUCUGGCAAGAGCACGCUGGUCUUGUCCUUGCUGCGUUUUACCCACAUAGUAUCGGGGCAGAUCUUGUACGACGGCAUCGACGUUACGAAGAUACCCCGCCGGAGACUACGGGAAGCCCUCACGAUUAUCCCCCAGGAGGCAGUGCUAUUCAAUGGCACUGUCGAGUCAAACUUGGACCCAACCGGGCGAGUGCCGGAGGACGACCUCAAAAGGGCCUUGCAGUCUUGCCAAGGCAUUGCGGCAUUCAAGCAACAACAAACCAACGGCGUCCAUACCCUUCAGACCAACGGUAACGGCAACGGCAACGGCAACGCUAACGGUAACGGUCACAACCACGACGGCGAGCGCAGGAACGCGAACGGAUAUUGUUCCCCAAUGACGGAAUUCGACCUAGAUACGCACGUCAACCCCAAGGGCGAGAACUUUUCGCACGGGCAGCGACAGGUGCUGUCGCUCUGCCGUGCCCUGGUGCGUAAAAGCCCGCUGAUGCUCUUGGACGAGGCGACGGCGAGUAUGGAUUACGAGACGGACCGAGGAAUACAGGAGGUGCUUCGGAAAGAGCUAGACGAGGCGGGCGGGGGCCGGACGCUGGUGACGAUCGCACACCGGCUGAGGACGAUUAUCGACUACGAUAUGGUGGUGGUCAUGAGUGGCGGACGAGUGGCAGAGGUGGGAAGUCCCAGUGAAUUGUAUGCCAAGGGAGGACUCUUUACGGAGAUGGUGUUGCAUAGCGGGGAGAGCGAUGAGUUGAUAGAAGCGUUGAAGACAACGAGGGAAGCGGAGUGAGCCUUGGAAUAGCAUGAUCAGAACCAUAAAAGCUACAGGGUAAAUCCGGAAGGGGUUAGAUACAUG